AGUAAUCAACGACGCAGUUCGGUGCAGAGAUCUGCGUGCAUUUCGUUCUCUCUCAUUCACUGCACUUUGGUCUUGAAACUGACACUACACAACUGCGUCUUCACCCUGAUCUCGCCUCAACAACAACCACUUUCACUGAAUUGGCUUUCUCAGUGUCCCAAAAUCUGAAUCAGCUUGGGACUUUGUACAUUUGCCUCAUCCAACGCGAUCCUCAGCACUCACCAUGCAACGGAAUGCCUCAUAGCUCUCAUCCCAAUCCUCUUGAUCCAAGUCCUCUCUCGCCCUUCAAAAGAUAUGGUCUUUGGCAAAGUCUCAGCCGCCAAAAACAACCUCCGAAUCUCCUCCUCCCUUCAGGAUCUCUCCUCGUACCGCCACCUCGAUCCCCAAGAUGUCGCCGUCUCUGUCACCCCCGAUUUGAAGAAACCCCAUCACCCCCUCCUCCACAAGGAAACCAACUUCGCCACCAGCUUCUCCAAAACCAAACCGGUUCAACCCUCCAACCCGGUUCGCAAAAAAUGUCUCAGACUGGUCUCAAUGCUUCUCUGUGUCUUAUUACUUCUUUUUCUGAUUUACGCUGUUUAUUCUCACUGGUCCCAAGGGUCGGGGAAGUACUACGUUGUACUCGAUUGUGGAAGCACGGGGACACGUGUCUAUGUUUACAAGGCCGAGAUUGAUCACAAGGAGGAUAGUAACCUUCCAAUCGCUGUUAAAUCGUUGAAGGAGGGUUUGCAGAAGAAGCGUGGUUCGCAGAGUGGGCGUGCCUAUGAUAGAAUGGAAACUGAACCGGGGCUUGAUAAGUUGGUGCACAAUGUUUCUGGUUUGAAAACUGCGUUGAAACCGCUAUUAAAGUGGGCGCAGAAGCAGAUACCUGAGAGUUCUCACAAGACUACUUCUUUGUUUCUUUAUGCUACUGCUGGUGUUAGGAGGCUUCCUUUUGAGGAUUCCAAGUGGUUGCUUGAUAAUGCUUGGAAUGUUCUUAAGGGUUCGCCUUUCGUGUGUCGAAAGGAUUGGGUUAAGAUUAUUACUGGCACUGAAGAAGCUUACUUUGGGUGGAUUGCACUUAAUUAUCAUAGUGGCAUUUUGGGGGUUAAGCCUAAGAAAGCUACUUAUGGCGCGCUCGAUUUGGGUGGUUCAUCAUUGCAGGUUACAUUUGAGAGUGAUAUUCAACAGCUGAAUAGUGAGACUAGCUUGUAUGUUAGGAUUGGAUCUGUGAAUCAUCAUCUCACCGCGUAUUCGCUUGCUGGGUAUGGCCUCAAUGAGGCGUUUGAUAAGUCCGUGGCGCAUAUUUUUAAGGAGUUUGGGUAUAGUGAUGCGGAUGUGGCUAAUGGGAAUGUGGAAGUUAAGCAUCCCUGCUUGCAAUCUGGGUACAAGAAUCAGUAUAUUUGUUCUCAUUGUUCUCCUGUUGGCCGAGGAGGUGAAAGUCCUAGAGUUGAUGGGAAUGUGUUGGGUAAGAAGGGAGAAUUGAGGACUGCAGUGACAGUUGUUGGUGCUCCGAAUUGGCAAGAAUGCAGUGCACUUGCGAAAGUUGCUGUCAAUUUGUCUGAAUGGUCUGAUGUCAGUCCAGGGCUUGAUUGUGAAGUGCAUCCUUGUGCACUUCGUGAUAAUCUCCCUCGCCCAUUGGGCCACUUUUAUGUGAUUUCUGGAUUUUUCGUGGUGUAUAGGUUCUUCAACCUAACUUCUGAAGCCACGCUUGAUGAUGUGUUGGAAAAGGGUAGGAAUUUCUGUGAAAAAAGGUGGGAUGUUGCUAAGAAAAGUGUUGCUCCUCAGCCCUUUAUUGAGCAAUACUGCUUUAGGGCACCGUACAUUGCAUCAUUGCUGAGAGAGGGUUUGCACAUUACUGAUAAACAUAUAACUGUGGGCUCUGGAAGUAUCACUUGGACACUUGGGGUUGCUUUGUUGGAAGCUGGGAAGGCAUAUUCUGCUAGAUUUGGGCUUCAUGGUUUUGACAUGCUUCGGAUGAAGACAAAUCCACUUAUUCUUAUUCCCAUUUUGAUACUUUCUUUCAUUUUUCUACUCUGUGCUUUAUCAUGUGUUAUCAAAUGGACACCAAGGUUUUUCCGGAUGCAAUAUCUUCCACUUUUCCGGCAUAACGGUGUGUCCAGUGCAUCUGGUCUUAAUAUCCCGUCUCCUUUCCGGUUCCAGCGAUGGAGUCCAAUCAAUUCUGAUGGAAGAACAAAGACGCCACUCAGCCCGACAAUUGCAGGUUCACAAGAUAGACCAUUUAGCCUGGGGCAUGGUCUUGGUGAUAACAGCAGUGACAUCCAGCUGAUGGAAUCUACCUUUUACCCAUCAGCUAGUAAUGUCUCGCAUAGUUAUUCCUCAAGCAAUUUAGGACAGAUGCAGUUUGACAGCAGCAAUAUGGGGACAUUCUGGUCACCCCACAGAAGUAAGAUGCGGCUGCAGAGUAGGAGAUCACAGUCCCGAGAAGACCUGAAUUCCUCACUGGCUGAGGCACACAUGGUGAAGGUUUAGGACAUCGUCUUCUGGAAACUUUGGUAUGAUUACACUAAUAUCUUCUCGAAAUUUACUUCUUUUUUUUUAUAUAUAGAGAAACCGUUCUCUUCCUUUCAGUUUUGCUUUAUCCAUUCUUCAUAGGCAUUCUUUACUGUAACAUAAGAAUAGUUAAAGGUAAAUACUAUACUAUAUACUAGUAAAGCACAUGCAUAUUCUUUUUGUUGAUUGAUCUUUUUAUGUUUUCUGAAGAUUAGUACAGGUUCCUUAGCCAUACUUAAAUAAGAUUCCCACUCAUUUAACCUAUGUUCUGUAAUUUUGGACUCUGUACUUGUGCAACAAAUUUUUUAUUUUGGACAUGAGUUGUAGGCCAAUUAAAUUGAACUGCCCGAGAUGAAAAUUUUCAGGGCAUAGCCAGACCAUGUUGUCAUUGUACUGCAUAAUUAAUGAUACUUGUUCACAAAAGGAUAUCUCAGUUCUUUCCCUUCUAUUUUAUUUUUCUCUAAAUCUUCACUGCAAGCUGUAAAACAUUUAUACAUGAUUGUCCCAGCAUUUUGGUUUUUGUCAUGGAGAUGACCUGAGGGGGCCAGAUCGUUUAAUUCCAAACUAAUUUGCUUCGCCUGGAUCUCACUUCUAAACUUACUUCCUCCACAAGUUGCAUAGCACAACAAACAAGCACUUUUCCAUCAUUCCUUACCACUCUCCCUUAGUAGCUACCGAGUCUCCAUGUUCUGCCACCACUGUACAGAUUUCCAGUGACCAUAACCUUCAGAUAUUAAUUAAGCAUCAAAGUCUUCUGAGCACGAGAAGCUCAUCAAACUGCUAAGAUCAAUUCAUUUGUGCCUGUUUUCAUACCAUUUUUCAGACUAAUAACGCCAUUACUACAGAGAAUCUCAACUUGUUUUAUAGUUAGUGGUGACUGGG